UUGAUUAUGGCGGCUCGCUUUGGAAAUUUGUUACAUAGCUACUGCCAAAAGCUUUAAAUUGCCUUCCGGAUGCACCUCAAAAUCAGCUUCAUUCUUUGUGUUUUCUAAUUUCUAGCUCACUCUAUUCAGCCAUGGAAGUACGGAGGUAAGUUAAGUUCCCUUUUGGAAUUCAAGUUCUUCUGUACUUCUUGUUGGAGUUUAAGAGGCAUUUUUGUUGUUGUUCUUCUUCUUGCAUAACUGUGGUUGUGGAAUUUGGGUUUUAAGUAGCGAAAGAACAUGUAUUAUAAUUUUCUGUGGUAAAAGGAAUUGAACCCACUUGCCAUAUGUUCACCUUAACCAAACUCAAAUAAAGAUGGAAAGUGUAGAGGUGUUUUUGUUUCAGAAAACUGCCCUUUAUAGAUGUAAUAUGGCUGGAAAGCCUGCUGUUUUAACUCGUGUGGUAGACAGCACGACUAACAACUUGAGACCUACACGUCAGUAGCUACUUUUGUUGCCAAUGCUGUACUUGAUGGAGGUGAUGCAAUUCUUCUUGGGGCUGAGACAUCGUGGAUUACGUCCAGUAGAAACCGUUUCAACCGUUAGUAGAAUAUGUGCUGAGCAGAAUUGGGGUUCAAUAAAUCUGGUUACAGCUUCGGAGAAGUCAUUGGCAUGUAGUUCAGCAACAAAGGUAGUGGUACUUGUGGGUUCAAUGGCUUUUCUUUCAGAAUUCCUGAAUGUUACAAUAUUAUUGGUCACGAGGCCUUUCUUGUUUUUCAUGCGGACAUGCUCAUUUAUCUUGAAAACCUUUGUUGUUGUUGUUCAAACUUGGUUGGAGCUGUUGAAGACCUCGGUCAGUCUUCACUUGAACAUAUUUUGGACAACUUUGAUGUGGAUAAUCGCAAUUGUCUCUCUUCCUGGACGGUUUUUAGCUGCUUUACGGAGGGAAAGGUAG